GAUUGUCAAGUGGAACGCAGCCUUAGGUAUAAUGUCAUUUAAAUAUGUCAAAAUAACCUUCAAUUUUCUAAAUAAACUUAUGUAAAAGAAUAAUGUUUUAAAUGCUAUAAUUAUUAAUGUGUUACAAAAUAUUUCAUAAUCCAAUUCUAAAGUAGUUCAUUAAAUAUGAAUAUCGCUCGAAAAUUAUCGUCAGUAAUACCCUACCAAAAUGCCCGGAAGAUGUUGUAUAGGAAAUUUCGGUUUUCCGCUGCAAAUUUCGAUACAUCAGCUAAAACACAGCCACAAGUUCAAGAAGAAAAGUUCGAUUUCGAAGAUUUAAAAGUUCUAGAACGCGUUGAACGAAGAAAAGCAAAGAUAUCGCCUUUUAUGAAAGACGUUUUCAUGUCUAUAUUCAAUCGAGAAUUACUCGCGUAUCCUGAAAUAAUAAAUAAAGAAGAAGCGGCGGCUUUAGAGAACAGAGUUGCUGCGUUGGAAAAAGUGUUUUUUGACAGCAAUAAAACGCAAAAUGAUCGUAGAAAUAUUUUGCGACAAACUGGAAUGUACGGAGCUCCAACUAGUCUUACAGAAGGUGGGCUAGCGAUGAAUUACACAGAGAGCUUAAGGUAUCUAGACGUGAUAUCGACAGAUCUAGAACUAGCCCAAGAAAUAAGUGACCAUUGGGUCUCUUUAAAUGUGCUAAAGUUGGGUUUAAAUGCAGAUAUUUACCAGAAGCUAAUAAAUGAUUUAGCGUCUGGUGAAGAGAGUAUAAAGAUAUGUGUGCGAGAGAAGAUUCCAGAGAGAUUACUGCAAGCUGAUUUUAGAACAACCGCUGAAAUGGAUGGAAAAGGUGUUUGGCAUAUAAAUGGUGAAAAAAUGUGUAUAAAUGCAAAUGGUUACUUGCUCGUCCUGUGUCUGGUCGAAGAAACACGGUUCAAAGCACUCCUUGUACAUCCUGGAGCUCCAGGAGUAAACAGUGAAAAGAAUUUUGUGAGCUUCCGAAAUACUCCUGCGACCCCAUUAGAUGAGAUGACAGAAGGUAUGCUCGCACAAGCCCUUUCAGUGACAAGACUAUAUACAGCUAACUUGUGCAGGAACAGUCUCAAGAAUUCCAUGCAGGCUUGUAUAGAGUACAUCAAGCCGAGGUUCUUUUCAGGCCGACCCCUUAGAGAAAUUUCAACAAUAAGAGCUAACAUAGGAGACACAGUCGUCAACAUAUAUGCGAGUGAAAGCGCUGAAUAUUUCACCGCUGGCCUCCUCGAUGGUUACUUGGAACCAGAUGCAGAACUAGAGGUUGCAAUGUGCAGAAAUUUCAUUGCGAACCACGCACAAGAGCAGUUAUUGAAGCUUCUAGCGAUACCAGGAGUGGAAAUGCAGGGAAAGUGUCUCCAACUGUUGGAGGAGAUGAGGCUUCUUACUCUACGGGGAGAAAAUUUGGACAACGUCAAUAUGUUUAUAGCUCUAAAUGGCAUACACCACGCCGGCAAGACGAUGGCGACCGAAAUAAAACAAAUUCGCAACCCACUGUUUCAUCCUUCGUUUAUUUUCAAGAAGAUGAUUACGGACAGACAUCAAGAGAAGGACGCGCCCAAGCUUACGCUGUACCUGUCUGAGCACCUGCACCCCUCCCUGAAGAAGCCGGCCGAGCAGCUGGAGUACUGCGUGCUGCGCAUGCGCUACAUCUGCGAGACGCUCAUGAGCCGGCACGGGCAGGACGUCGCCACCGCCUUCACGGAAUUGACGAGAUUCGCCGAAGCCGCAACGGAAAUUUUAGCUAUGACAGCUGUAUUGGCUAGAGCGUCCAGAUCAUAUUGCAUCGGUCUACGCAACGGCGAACUAGAAAUGAAACUGGCUGCUUGCUUCGUAGAGAAGUCGAAGGGAAGAGUCCAGAAGCUUCUGCUAGAAGUGAGCGACGGGGAAUAUUUAAAUCUAGACCACUUCAGGAUCCAAUUCGGGAAGAAAGUUCUAGAUUCUAGUAGUGAACUUGUUGAAAAACCAACCGAGAGGGUGUUCUGGUGAAAUAAAUGUUAAGUUUUAAA